AUGAAACUUGAUACAGUCUUCAAAUUUUUAUUACUAGUAGUCAUAAUUUUUACACUUCAACAAAUAUGGCCACUGUAUGACCUAGGGAAUAAAUUGCAAAACGGGACACUCUUACAUUUCGUGAAUAAUGAACUGAAUAAAUUGUAUACAAAUUUUUGUUUUAAAAAUGUCAAAAAAGAUAUGAAAAUUUUUUACAAUGAAAAAUACAUAAUUCCAAAACCAUGUUACUUUGUUUUUUUCAUCAUAAGCGCUUUCUUCGCUUUAGUGGCGAAGUAUUUGAUGAACAGAAUAUCCUAUCCCUUAGGCGAACGCUGGAUUCCUAAGAAAAAAUGGAAUGAAAGAAUACGGAAAAUCAAAGUGGACAGAUUCAAUCUGAUGUUUUUCAAUUUGUUUUACUUUUCUCUCAUUAGUGCGUUUGGUUUUGUUGCUCUCAGUUACCAGUCGUACUUUCCUAGCGAAAUGGGAGGUCAGGGAAAAUUGAACGACUAUUUUAAAGGUUAUCCAAAUCAGAAGACGUCGAAUUUAAUUCAUUUGUACUACUUCUUAAAUGGCGGUUAUCUGCUGAUAUCCGUUUAUUCCUUACUGAUGUCUGAAAAGUUGCCAGAUUUUUACGAAAACUUUUUGCAACACUUGUGUGCAGUCAUAUUAGUUUAUUUUUCAUACGGCCAGAAUUUCUUGAGAGUUGGUUCAAUUAUCAUGCUUUGUCACGACAUAUGUGAAAUUUUUUCGUCAGCAUGCCGUGUCUUUGUUGACACAAGACAUAAAGUGGUGACGGUCAGCUCGUUCUGCAUAUUAUUCUCAAGUUGGGGAUUCUUAAGACUAUAUAUAUUUGCGAAGAGAUGUAUACUACCCAUUCAUCGAAACUUCAAGAUAUUCAACCCUUUUAUUGGAUAUGAGGCAUGUAUAUGGUUAAUAUUUCUGCUGUUAGUUAUUCUCUUGAUGAAUGCUUAUUGGUUUGUUCUCAUGGCGAAAAUGUUCAUUCAUUUUGUUUCCAGUGGAAAUACAGAAGAUAUCUUAACGAGAGUCACUGAACUUGAGGAAAUGGAGAGAAAAAAGCUCAAGCGGGGGUAG